CUCUAUCUCCCCUGUUUUAUAGCCAAGCGCCCACGCCCGGAGACUCCAGGACUCCAGGCCAAGCUCGACUCGUCGAGCUCAGAGCAGAGGCGCCGUCCGCCAAGAAACACCUGCAGCUAGGACCAAGGGAGCAGCAGCAAGCUCGGCGCUAGGAGCGAGAAGAGGACGAGGAGCCGGCGGCCAUGGGGAGGUCUCCGUGCUGCGAGAAGGCGCACACGAACAAGGGCGCCUGGACCAAGGAGGAGGACCAGCGCCUGAUCGCCUACAUCAAGGCGCACGGCGAGGGGUGCUGGCGCUCGCUGCCCAAGGCCGCGGGCCUCCUCCGCUGCGGCAAGAGCUGCAGGCUGCGCUGGAUGAACUACCUCCGCCCGGACCUCAAGCGCGGCAACUUCACCGACGAAGACGACGAGCUCAUCAUCAAGCUCCACGCCCUGCUCGGCAACAAAUGGUCGCUGAUCGCAGGGCAGCUGCCCGGCCGCACGGACAACGAGAUCAAGAACUACUGGAACACGCACAUCAAGCGCAAGCUCCUCAGCCGCGGCAUCGACCCACAGACGCACCGCCCGCUCAGCGGCGGGAGCGCCACCGCGGCCAGCGGGCUCACCACGUCCAGCACCGCCGGCUUCCCGUCCCCCUCGCCGGCGCCCAGGCCCGCGCGCCCGGUCAUCGCCAUCCCGCCCAAUGCGAUGUUCGCGAGGCCCGCGCCGUCGGAGGACGGCCACAGCAGCAGCGGCGGGAGCACGGACGCGCCGCGCUGCCCCGACCUGAACCUCGAACUCGACCUGUCCGUCGGCCCGCCGUGCUCGCCGCCCAAGACGCCGGCCGCCGCCGCGUCGACGCCCACAUCGCAGCAGCAGCAGCAACGGGCGACCAUCUGCCUGUGCUACCACCUCGGCGUCCGCGGCGGGGAGGCCUGCAGCUGCAAGACCGCGUCGCCGGCGGGGUUCCGGUUUCUCCGGCCGCUGGAGGAGGGCCAGUACAUAUAGGACGCGUCGUAAUCGCAACAGUAGUCAGGCAGAGGCACCCAAGAAAACCUGUAAAAACAACAAGGAAAAAGAGAGUUUCUAAUGGAGAUGACUGAUGUGGAUGAUGAGAGUAUCAUUUCGCAUGUUUCCUUUUCUUUUUCUUCAGAACCGGUUGGUUUCUUCCUUUCCGUUUUCUUAGCUUGUGUAGGGGUAAUCGGUUGGAGAAUCUUGAGAUUUGCGCA